AUGUUUUUCAGUUUAGCUUUGCGAUUGGCGUAUCUACCUAUACUUACACCAAAUCUAACCAUCAAGGCCGAUCUGGGCACUGCACGGCGUGAAUACGUCUCAACCACUGAUGCCCCCAACAAGUUCCGCCAUGUUGAACUGGGCCAAAUUGAAGCAAUUCAGGCAAUUAAUGUAAAAGGUUCUGAAGCUCAUCUGAAGCUCAUCAGCCAUCGUGCCCAACUCUGCGACACGAUUAGAGCAAAAGGCGUCCAGAAAUAUAUUCAAACUCCAGAUUCCCUUCCUAAGGACGAUGUAAAGAGUAAACAAUCCACUAGAGUUUCAAAGAAGGCGGUCGAGGAGUCGUCACCGGAACCCGUGGCCGCAACAAAUAUCCAAAAGCAAAAUGGGCUUAAAUAG